AUGGCUUUCCGAGCGCCCUUUUCCCGCCUUCCUCUCCUCCGACCCGUCGUCUCUGCCACGGUGCCACGUCGAGCUUUCCACGCAACUCGUGCCGCAGCCGUCCGCGUUGGCGACCCGCUUCCCAACCUCGAAGUCCUUUGCGAGGACUCCCCUGGCAAUAAAGUGAACCUCUCCGAGGAAUUCAACGGCGGUGAUGGCAUAAUAAUCGGUGUCCCCGCCGCCUUUUCCGGUGCUUGCUCCACGACCCACGUUCCUGGCUACAUGAACCACCCCAAGCUCCGAAAUGUCGGUCGCGUCUUUGUCGUCUCCGUGAACGAUGCUUUCGUAAUGAAGGCAUGGGGCGAGCAGCUCGACCCCGCGAAACAGACUGGCAUUCGAUUCCUUGGCGACCCUUCUGCCGCCUUUACCAAGGCUCUCGACCUCGAUUUCGACGGAACCGCUAUCUUCGGCGGUGUCCGUGGCAAGAGAUACGCCCUAGUGAUCGAGAACGGCCACGUUGCGGCCGCUUACGUUGAGCCUGAUAACACUGGCACGAGUGUGUCUCUAGCGAAGAAUGUACUUGGCUAA